AGACAUGGAAUGGGGCGCUCACCUUGUGUACCUUAGGUCAAUUCGUGUGGCCUCACGUCGCAUAGCGGAGCCGAUCCUGAGCAGCGCCAGCAGGCUUCAGAGGCGGACGCCAUGGCAGCGACCUUCCGGGCGAGCGGUAAUUGCUGGGCGGCCUGGACCCGCUACGGUGCGGAGCCGAGCCUUCCUUUUCCGUAGGAAGUUCUAGUCCCAGAGUCAAGAACACCAGCAUAUUCGCUACAACCCGCUCCAGGACGAGUGGGUGUUAGUGUCGGCUCAUCGCAUGAAGCGGCCCUGGCAAGGACAAGUGGAGCCCCAGCUUCUGAAGACAGUGCCCCGCCACGACCCACUCAACCCUCUGUGUCCCGGGGCCACACGAGCUAAUGGGGAGUAGGUGAAUCCCCACUAUGAUGGUACCUUUCUGUUUGACAAUGACUUCCCGGCUCUGCAGCCCGAUGCUCCGGAUCCAGGACCCAGUGACCACCCUCUCUUCCGAGCAGAGGCCGCCAGAGGAGUUUGUAAGGUCAUGUGCUUCCACCCCUGGUCGGAUGUGACGCUGCCACUCAUGUCUGUCCCUGAGAUCCGAGCUGUCAUCGAUGCAUGGGCCUCAGUCACAGAGGAGCUGGGUGCCCAGUACCCUUGGGUGCAGAUCUUUGAAAAUAAAGGAGCCAUGAUGGGCUGUUCUAACCCCCAUCCCCACUGCCAGGUUUGGGCUAGCAGCUUCCUGCCAGAUAUCGCCCAGCGUGAAGAGCGAUCCCAGCAGACCUAUCACAGCCAGCAUGGAAAACCUUUGUUAUUGGAAUAUGGUCACCAAGAGCUCCUCAGGAAGGAACGUCUGGUCCUAACCAGUGAGCACUGGAUAGUUCUGGUCCCCUUCUGGGCAGUGUGGCCUUUCCAGACACUUCUGCUGCCCCGGCGGCACGUGCGGCGGCUACCUGAGCUGAACCCCGCUGAGCGUGAUGAUCUCGCCUCCAUCAUGAAGAAGCUCUUGACCAAGUACGACAAUCUAUUUGAGACAUCCUUUCCCUACUCCAUGGGCUGGCAUGGGGCUCCCACGGGAUUAAAGACUGGAGCCACCUGUGACCACUGGCAGCUCCACGCCCACUACUACCCCCCACUUCUGCGAUCCGCAACUGUCCGGAAGUUCAUGGUUGGCUAUGAAAUGCUUGCCCAGGCCCAGCGUGACCUCACUCCCGAACAGGCCGCAGAAAGAUUAAGGGCGCUUCCCGAGGUACACUAUUGCCUGGCGCAGAAAGACAAGGAAACGGCAGCCAUUGCUUGACUGUGACCACAUCAGGGCCUUGAAUCUUUGUACCUGACAGACCUGGGACCUGGAGUUCGGGCAGAUGUGACAUCAAUAAAACUGCGUCUCACAUUUUAACCAUGUUUUCUGACACCAGAGGAGUAGUGUGGACUCUUACAUUCCGGAGUUUGGGUAAAGGCUAAGUGUGACUCCAAACACUCUUGCCUACGGACUUUGAAAAAUUUGGUGCAAGAAUCCCCUUCACCAAGCCAGACAUGAUGGUGUGUGCCUGUGAUUCCACCACAUUGGCAGCUGCAUUAGGAUUGCGAAUUUGAGGCCAGUGUGGGUUACUUAGCAAGACCUAGUCUCUGAAACCGAAGCCAUGCUGGAUCUCAUGUUACAGGUCUGUAAUCCUGGCUCCCCAGGACACUGAGGCAGGAGGAUUGCAAAUUCAAGGCUAGUCAGGGUAGCUUGGUGAGACUGUCUGGUACAAAGGACCUGUGAAAUAGGUCAGUGGUAGAGUGGGUGUCUGACACAUGUAAGGCCCUGUGUUCAGCCCUAACUAUAGAGAAGAAAAUCCUACCUCUGCUCAAUGUUCACUAUUGUCUCCAAUCCUCUUCACUUGUGAUAUGGAUAGCAUGCUAAUUUAGGAGGCUGUUUAAAAAAAUCUUAUGUUCUUAGCUUGGCAGCGUCAACCGG